AUGAAAGCCCCUGAGUCCGAGGCUGCCGAAGAGGUAGCUACCGAGAGCGGCAGCGAGCAAGCCAUAGCCGAGUCCUCGACCGCCGCGCCCGAAGCCGCGCCCGCGCCGGCCAAAGAACCUGAAGACGCUGCGGUCACAGAGGCUGCUGCUGAGGAAAUCGCCACCGAACCAUCAACUGAUAGCCCCGAAACCACAGCGCCAGCCGAAGCCAAAGCCGAGGACGUCAAGCCUGCGAAUGUCGAGCCUGCGACCGCCAAAGCUGACGACAGCGAGGCCACGGAGGCCGAAGCGGCGGUCCGCGGUGAGACCGAUGUUUUCGCCGACUUGCCCAAGCCGCUGCGCCGAGCGCUCGAAGGCCGUGGCUACAAAAAGCCGACAGCGGUGCAACGGGCGGUGCUCGAAAGCGAAGUGCAGGGCCGCGACGUGCAAAUCUCGUCGCAGACCGGUUCCGGCAAGACAGUGGCGUUGGGGCUGUUGAUGGUUCCCGACUUGCUGGCCGAGGAGGGCUACCACGGCGGGACUCAGGCGCUGAUCAUCGCGCCCACCCGCGAGCUCGCGGUGCAGGUCAGCGAAGAACUCACCUGGCUGUUCGCCAAGGUCGGCGGUCUGCGGGUCGAGUCGUUUACCGGUGGCACCGAUAUCCGCCGUGAUCUGCGCCGCUUGGAUCGUCCGCCGCAAGUCGUGGUCGGCACUCCAGGCAGGCUGCUAGAUCAUCUGCGUAGCGGCGCUCUCGAUGGCUCGGGCAUCUCGCAACUGGUGCUCGACGAGGCCGACCAGAUGCUCGACAUGGGCUUCCGCGAGGAACUCGAGGCAAUCCUCGAAGUGACCCCGGAAGAGCGGGCCACCCACUUGGUGUCGGCCACCUUCCCGGCGGCGAUCCGCAAGUUGGCCAAGCGCUAUCAGCGCGACCCGGUGCACAUCGAGGGCACCCGGCUGGGCGAGGCGCAUGAGGACAUCGCCCACAUCGCCCAUGUGAUCUACGACCGCGACCGCUAUCCCGCGCUGGUCAAUCUAUUGUUGAUGACCGGCAGCCAGCGCACCCUGGUGUUCGUCAAGACCCGGGUUGCAGCGGCCUCGGUUGCUGAGCGCCUUGCCAACGAUGGUUUCUCGGCCUUGGCGAUCAGCGGCGAUUUGCAGCAGGCUCAGCGCACCCGCACCCUGGCGGCUUUUCGCGCCGGUAUGGUGAGCGUCUUGGUGGCCACUGACGUCGCGGCGCGGGGACUCGAUAUUCCCGACGUGGCGAUGGUGAUCCACGGCGAUCUGCCCUUCGAUGGCGAGAGCUACACCCACCGUAGUGGCCGCACCGGUCGCGCUGGCAGCAAGGGGCGCAGCGUCAUGUUGGUGCCGGUGCAUCACGUCCGCCGGGCUCGCCGGAUGUUGUACGAGGCCAAGGUCGACGCCGGCUGGAGCGAGUUGCCGAGUGCCGCCAAGAUCAGCAAGAAGAUCCUCAAGCGCUCUCGCCGCGGACUCUACCGAGCGCUGACCGACGGUGGGGCCGGCGCCCGAGGAGCACCUGGCCUACGCCAAGCGCUUGGUCGAAGAUCACGAUCCGGCCCACGUCGUCGCGGUGUUGCGUCGCGUCAGCCCGGGCCGCCGCGCGAGCCCUUCGAUUUGCGGGUGCCGGAGAUGCGCUCGACCAGUUGGCAAGAGCGUGGCCGCCCACGUGGCGGACCGCGCGGCAGCGGCCCCCGGGGUGGUGGCCCGCGUGGAAGUGGCCCGCGGCCACGUUCGGGAUUCGGCGGCCCACGGGGUGGGUUCGGUGGUCCCCGGUCCGGAUUUUCCGGUCCGCGGGGCGGUCCGCGAAUGCCGCGAGGCGGUUCGCCGGGCGGACGCCCGAGGCGGCGAUUUCACCCGCUUCUCGAUCAACUGGGGCUACAGCGAUGGCGCAACGCCAAGCGGCUGCUGGCCUUGAUCUGCCGCCGCGGCGGCAUUACCGGUCGCGAAGUUGGCAUGAUCGAUUCUCGCGCCGAGUCGUCGAGCUUCGAGGUCUCGGCGCGGGUGGCCGGCGAGUUCGAGGGUAACUUCGGCCGUCCCGACAAGCGGGAUCCAGGCUUCAAGAUCCGGCGCGACAAGUAG